AUGACAGUCGGAUGGAGCAGAGCACGCCCAGGCGACAGCGCCCUUGAUAUCUGCUGUGGCAGCGGCGAUCUCUCCUUGCUGCUGGCGGAGAAGGUGGGCCCCUCGGGGCGCGUGGUGGGGCUCGACUUUGCCGCCCAGCAGCUCGUUGUCGCCUCCCAGAAACAGCACGACAGCUACUCCGCUCGCCGAGUGGACAUGAGGUGGGUGGAGGGCGACGCCUUAGCCCUGCCGUUCGACGCAGCCUCAUUCGAUGCCGUCACCAUGGGGUACGGGCUGAGGAACGUCACCAGCAUUCCACGCGCCCUGCAGGAGAUUCAUCGCGUGCUCAAGGCUGGUAGCUCUGCAGCCAUUCUCGACUUCAACCACACAGAGGACCCUCUUGUGGCCGCAUUCCAGGAGUUUGCGCUGCAGAACGCAGUGGUGCCAGUGGCGCGCAUGUUUGGGCUGUCAGAGGAGUACGAGUACCUGCUGCCCUCCAUCCGCCGCUUCCCCACAGGGCGGCAGCAGGAGCAACUGGCAAAGGAUGCUGGAUUCUCCAAGGCAGUGCAUUACGAGAUUGGUGGAGGUCUCAUGGGUGUGCUUGUGCUGCAGAAAUGA